CAGUGAAGGGGAGUGAGAGAAAGAGGGGUUAUUUGUGAAGCAAAAAUCUGCAUUGCUAUUGUCAAUCAAAUCGUUGAGGGUUCUGGGUUCUUAAACGGCGGUGUCCGACGGACUCUCUGAGGGUUAUAUGAGACAAAUAUGUAUAUAACCCAAUCCAUGCAAGUACUGACUGGUUUCAGUGGUGAGGUAUAUAUAGACAACUCAGACAGGCUGUGAAUUUUGGUUUCACAUUCAAAGACGGAAACAAUCUGAUGUGUGUGUGUAGAUAGAAUGCUAGCAGCUUUUUCUCUUCACCAAAUUUUGUGGCCACAAAAUUCAAGCUGGGAUGUUCUCCUAGCAUACUGGCAUAAGUCAUGUUCUGAUUGUCUAUUGAGAACAAAAGGGGCUUAUUAGAUUGUUGCAGCGCAAUUUCAUGGCUUUGUAUGUUCUAACUAUGUGUUCUGGAAGUUUGAUUCUGAUGCCUAACCUUGCGUGUCAUUGUUGUUACUUUCCUGUGUAAGCUUUGUUUAGUUUUUGCAGACAACACUAUGUCAGCAACAAUCAUUGCAAUUUCAGCCAUACAGCCAUCUGAAAAUGGGAAGACUAUAGAGGUUCCAGUCUGUCGAAUAUGGAGAGGGAAAAUAUUGAAUCCUACUGAACGAAAUGAAGGUCUACAAUGUGUGUUGGUUGACCGAUAUAUGAAUGCAAUUCAUGCAAUCACAAUAGAAGCAUACUAUGAUUAUGUCAAGGAGAAACUUAUGGUAGGAUGUGUGUACCGGAUAUCAAAAUUUCACUCCAAAAAAUCCCAGGACAAGUACAUCGUCGUGGAACAUAGGGCGCAGUUGUUAUUUAACAACAGGACUCAGUUUAUUCCUCUGCCUGAUAUUCCUCAGCGUUGGUUUUGAUUUGUGGAUUUUGAUAGGCUUCAUAUGCGUGAGAAUAAGGACACAGUUCUGACAGACCUCAUUGGUUUUUUGAAGCUGGUGUAUCCACUGGAAGAAGCAUUUAUCGAUGGGAGGAAAGCACUGAAAUGUUUACUCUACAUACAAGAUGCAAGGAGGCAAGACUUGAAACUCACUUUAUAGGGAACACUUGCAUCUGAAUUUGAAGUUGAUAUGAUAAAAACUUUACCACCUCUAGUUGUAAUGGCCUUCACAAGCACGAAAGUCAGGCGCUUUGAUUACACUAUUGUGAACAGUGGGAUGAGUACAUGUCUGUUCAAUAACCCAGCCAUUCCUGAGAUAGAAGAAUAUAGAGCAAAAGUCUCAUUUUUAUCUGCAAAGCUAAGAUUACAAAGUUCAUGGUUCAACAAGGGUGGUAUUACCUGGCUUGCCCCACCUGCUGCAAGACUCUUAGGUUGGAUCAUAAUUCUGGAAAGCUUUGUUGUUGAAAUCAUGGAGAGCGGUUUGGCAAUCCCAUGUAAGAUACAAAAUGGAACUACUGCUUGAGGAUGAAGAUGAUUCAACAACAGCUACAAUC